AUGGGCUUCACUAAGAAGGAUGCUUACAAUUAUAUUAACAAGGCUAAGCGUGCAAAGAUUAUUGAUGGGGACGCUAACGCCGCUGUUGUAUACUUGGAGGGGAAAGCGGGGGCAGAUCCGAUGUCGAUGGCUAGGUAUAAUCUUACAAAGGAUAAUAUGCUAGCCAAUAUGUUUUGGGCGGAUGGUGGCAGUAGAGUUGAUUACCAAUACUUUGGGGAUAUGACAAUAUUUGGGUUUAGCGUGGUGUUAGAUGAAAGCGUUGGGUCUUAUAAGUGGUUACUGAAAAAUUUGUUGGAAGUCAUGUGUAACAAGAAGCCGUCGGUUGUCGUCACGGAUGGGUGUGAUUCAAUGAAAGCUGCAGUGAAGUCUGUUUUUCCGGAGGCAACGCAUCGAUUGUGUGCUUGGCAUAUGGAGAAGAAUGUAACCGCUAAUGUGAAGGAAGAGGGACUGCGGCAAUGUUUCACCCGGUGGCUGUAUUCAGAGAUGGAAAUAGAUGAAUUUGAGGCUGAGUGGGAUGAUGCUAUUGAAGAGUAUGGGUUACAAAACAGUUUUUGGGCCAAAGAAACUUUUCAGAAGAGGAUGAUGUGGGCUAAUGCAUAUCUACAGGACAAGUUCUGUGCAGGGUUUCGCACCACGUCCCGGUGUGAAGGCAUUAACGCGUACGUGAAGAAUUUUCUUAAGUCUAGGCACAGUCUCCUUGAUAUGGUUAAAAAAUUGGAGUUGGUCCUGCGAGAGUACCGAAAUAACGAAUUAGUUGCACAAUUUAGGUCACUCCAUGGGACGCCGGUAAUGACAACUUGUUUGGAUCCUCUUGAAAGGUAUGCUGCAGAUGCAUACACACGGGAGAUAUUCGUCGACGCGAAGAAGGAAAUAGUGGGUGUCGAUGCAGUUAAUUUUGUAGCCAAGAUAAGACGCUCAACUACAAUGGUGUACACGUUGGAGGAAUAUGGUGACCCAGGUAGAGAGGUGAUUGUGUUGUUCGAUAGGGUUUCAAGGAAAAUGGAGUGCGCAUGCAAUUUUUGGAGGCAAAAGGGAAUACCUUGUAGACAUAUGUUUUUUGUAAUGAAGCAUGAGCACUUGACUCGAAUUCCUGAGAGCCUGGUUCUGAAGAGGUGGCGAAAGGAUGCAAAGUCGUUGGAUAAGUAUGGUGAGAUCACGGAAGUUGGUAGUGAAAUUGGUUUCUUGUUGCGCCAUGGUGCACUUCAUGCAGCCGCACAGUGGAUGCUAUAUGUUGGAGCCAGGAGCCCUUUAUCUUUCACACAGGCGCUUAACGGUCUCCAUGCGUUGUGUCAAGAACUAGAUAGAGGCCCUGAAAGUGGGGGUCAGAGGAAAGGUCUUGAUAUGGUUGACUUACACGACCCUGUUGUUGCGAAGACUAAGGGUGCCCCUCGUGUGAGGAGGCAGGGCGGAUGCAAAAGGCGCUGCACCCGUUGCCGCAAAACGAGUCACACAAAACGACAUUGCAAUGCCGACCAAUCCUUUGUUUCCAAGGCUGGAGAGAGCAAAGAUUUUCAGGCUACAAAUUUAGGGUCGGAGGGGUCUUCGCCGACGGAAAGGGUCCGAUUCGAACAAGGCAAUAAGGGUGUUACUGGACCCAAUAAUUUGUGUGCACCAGUUUGGUUGGAGGCAUCAGGUUCGAAGAUUAGUUUACAACAUGAAAUUGCUGCUGCAACUGGACAUAAGGAGACUAUGGAAUGGGAGACAAACAUGAUACGUAACACCGAUGAAGUAAUAGCACAGCUGAUGACUGAUAUAACUUAUCUCAGUUCAAGAUUGGGUUCGAGCUUCGCAGCAUAA